AUCGUAUCCACCCUCGAGGCCUCGACGUCGGCCGGCGGUCGGCGGAUACGAAGAGACGAGUAGGAGGAUUGCACAGGGCUGAUGGCAGCCGAAGAUUGCGACGGGCUGCCCAUGUACAUCGAGGAGGAUGAAGAGGAGGCAGCAGCGGAGAAGCAGAAGCGUCGGCAGCAGAGCCAGAAACCGCCGUUUAACAACCGUGGGAGAUCGAAACGGCGGAGGAAAAGGCGAGAAGGGAGCUCAGAGGGGCCAUGAUGGACAAGCUUUUCGAGUUUGACCCUAAGAAGGGAUCCGGCUCCUACACCCAAGUUUGGUUCGUCGACUUCAGCACCUUCAACCUUGAUGAUGAAACACAAUAUGGACCGAUGCGCUUUACAGAUUCACUUAUCAAAGAUAACGAUGAGGUGAUUGACUCUUUAAAUGUUCUUUGUCUGAAGAUAAGGUCUUCGGAUGUUGGUUACCCUAUCAAUGUGUAUGGGACUGUGAUAGUCAGAGAUCGUUUGGAUAUGAAAUGCAACUAUAUCUUCCGGCGCAACAGGAACAAUUGCCAACUUGUUGAGUCAGAGGGUGAAUCUUUGAUUCUGACUGGCCCAACCAGAGGCAUUGUUUUUUGCUGUGAUGCUUAUUUUGAGAUAAAUCUGAAGAUCAAGCAGGACAAAGAGAGUGAGGACAGACAAUUUAGUAAAACAUUGUUUGACGUGGAUAGGGCAAGAGUUGACUACAGGGUUAAAAGGCAAACUAUUGUUAGCAGGCUCAGCGAGAUGGAUCUGAUAUUUGCAUAUGUGAAGAAAGCAUUGGAGGGGGCACCAUUGAGAUAAGAAUCUUGUCAGGUUCCAGUGCUUUUUAUGGAAAAGUAACUGUUUGCACCACUGAUGUUCGAAGUCAUAUUCUGUUGUAUGACAGUGAUGUUCAUGAUGCAAAUACCAUGGGUAAUGACAGAGUUCUCGAGUUGCUGCGUCGUGUUGUUGCAGUCUCGGUAGAUCAGAUGUUGAUAUUCCAUAUAUAUCCCCACAGUGGUGAUUGGAAUCCAAAAAUCUUUGAAUUCGCUCCACUAAUUAAAGGCGCAGACAAGACUGAGAUUACUUGUGGUGGCCACAGGAUGCAAGUUAAAGUUACUUGGUCGAUCUUGUCAGAUACAAGAUGAUCUCUUUAAUGAGAAGAUGAUGAUUGUACGAAUUCACUUGUUUAUCAGCAUGUAUUAGUUAAUUUUUAAACUCUGGUUUGUAUUAGGAUCCACGUUCAUUGUAUCUGUUCUAAGAAGACAGUUAUAUAG